AUGGUUUAUCUACGAUUUCAUUUAUCAAUAAUACUAAAUUCAUGGUUUUUCUGUCAAUUAAUAUCAUCAACUUCGAAAUUUAAUAAUCGAGCAUUAGUGAUUGUGAAAUCUAUUGAUGAUUAUCUAUGUCAAAAUUAUAUAUUGACUUGUUAUUUUCGACAACGAUAUCAUAAAUUAUUUGAUGAACAAAAAUCGGAUGAUUGUAAAUCACUUUUAAUUAUACAUUCAUGUCUUUACUAUGAUAGAGAUUCAAUACGUAUGUGUUCUCAAUUUACACUUAAUCAAGCUAAAAUAAAUCUUACUAAUGAAACACCAAUAUCAUGUUUUACUUCAUCUAUAUAUAAAGUUUUUUAUACUCAACGUUUGCAUUCUAUUGCACUAUCGAGAACAACUACUUGUUGUCCAAUAUUGGUGUUUUUUUUAUUAUUUAUUUUAUUUAUUAUUCGAAAAACAAUAUACUAUUAA